GGGGCGGAUUCUGCUGGCUACAGAGCCGCGUCGGAGUGUACUUACUUUUCUGGUAGCUUGCUGCCCGGUAAACUAAACCGUGGGAGAGUCAAGGGGGAUUUGAAUGUAGGUGGGCUUCGUCAGUGGUGCUAUACCUCUCCGUAGACGCUGACACAGUCCGUCACACUGACGGCAAACGCUCGCGGACGGUGCCCAGCCAGCGAAGCGGGAGCCAUGCCUGUCCCCGCUGGAUACCUCAGCGACUCCCCCGCUGCGGCCUUCUCAUCCUCGGCCUCGCUUAUCCCGCCGCCACCGAUAAACACCCAGCAGCCGGGAGUUGUCACGUCGCUGCUGUACAGCGGCUCUAAGUUUAGGGGCCACCAGAAGAGCAAAGGGAACUCGUACGACGUGGAGGUUGUUUUGCAGGUGGGGCUGUGACACGAAUAUUUUACUAUUGAGGCGACCUGUCAGGGGCAUUUGGUGAGCUGUCAAACGGGCGGUGUGAUGAUUGACAGCUGGGAAAUCAAUGAGCGCUGGCCUGUGGUUUAGUAACCCGCGCAGAUAGCUGUAGAUGUAGCUGUGUUUGCACCUGCUUACCAACAUACCUACUCAGUUAUGAAGAGAGACACUGUGUAUAAUGUUAUCAUAAAAUAGUCCAAGUAAUAAAGCUUCAAUACUUAACUGUAUCUGCAAACUUGCCGGUUUAUGGCAGUGGAGGAUGUUUUUCUACUCGCUAUAUAAAAUGUAAAUACAAUAUAAAAACCACCACUUCACUAUAGAUGGAAUUUAUUUUGAAAUGGAGUAUUUUUAACAUAUUCUGUUUAUGUUCUCUUUAAAGCAUGUCACCAUGGAGGACUCCUACCUGUGUGGCUACUUAAAAAUAAAGGGACUAACUGAGGUAAGAGGAGUGAUGUACUUCACUGUACCACAAACAUUCAUACUUGCAGCUAUCCCUGGUCACUUCAACUUCUUUCUAAUUCUCAAGAAAUGUUUGACCAUGGCAAAAUUCGUAAUGAUGAUUAUUGUCAGGAAUACUGUUCAUUAAUCAUUGUUGUUUUACGUUAUCACUCAUUGACUUGGCAACAUCCUUACACAUGCAUUUAUUUAACAUAAAAAAUGGCUGUGUCCGAAAUGAAUCACUCAAUCCCGAACCCUUAACCCCCAAUAUGGGUUUUCACUAUUUAGUUGACUAUGUAGUGAGCUCAAUCACCAGAUGUUUCGGACACUACAUGGCAUGACGGGAUGCCACCACUGGUGAGUGACCAUCGGAUGGUCACUACAUUUUGCAAUGCUUUAUGGAAAAUUUUGAGUCGCCUACAAGGGGCACUGGAAUUGAUCACUCAGGUUUCGGACACCCCUCAAAAUGGCACUAACCCCCAUUUAGUCACCUAUAUAGGGGUUAGGGAUCCAUUGCGGACACAGCCAAUAUUUUGACACUUGUUAUUGCUGCAGUUUCUCUCUCCUCAUUCUCACUCUGUUCCUCUGUAUAAGGGUAACACACAUUUGCUUCUCCUGUGGCAGUGAUAUAUACAUUUUCUUGUCCCCUCUGUGGAUGCAUGAUUGUUUAUAAUGCUGUGGCACCACAUGUGGAAGAUAUAGCAGUGCACUCUUAACUCAUUUUGCAGCAUCUGUAACUUUUACACACUCCUAAGCAUUAUUGCGCACUGAUAUAAGCUCCUGAUAAUGACACCCAGAGAUUAUAAUUCUCUGAUCUGAGGAGAGGAGAGGACAGAAAUAGAGACUGUCCUUUUUAGAUACAUGAUUUGACCAGUCCUGUGUCAUAUUCAAACUGCACUAAUGGGCCCCUGCCUCUGCUCAGUGAGCUGCUGCAUUUUAAGGAAUAGUAAGUGUUGUAGCCAGUCAGACCCCAGAUGUGUUGGUCCACUGUGACAAUUCCCUGAAUGCCAGAUUGCCAGUCCAGCCCUGGAUGUGGCCCCCUCUCCUUUUCACUGUCAGCGUGAGUUCAAUUGAGGGCUCUAUUCAUGACAUAAGACAAAACAAGGACAACACAAAAGCAACAUAAUUAUUGUUUAGACCUGCUUGUUUAGUUUUCAUGAUCAUUGUAAGUCAAAAUUGUAAUUAAAACUGAAAUUCAAUUUGCCCUCGGCUUUUUGUGCUGGUAGUCUUUUUGCAGUUAAAAGCACAAAAUGGAUACUCUGACAAAAUCAAACAAAUGUGUGACAGAAACCCUUUUUGAAAUCAACGCAUCUGGCACAGAUUUGACAGUAUAACUCAGCAACAUCUGAACUUCAAAAGGUAGAGUGAGUAAGACAAGUAAUUUUGUGGAAAAAUGCACAUGAAGUUGUUUAUUCUGCUGCAUGAAAAUGAACACAAUCACAGUAAGACCACAGUGAUGAAAAUAAACAUGUACUUCAGAUGUCACUCCCUGCCCUGUAAUUUGUGAGGGAUUGAACGCAUUGAACUAGCUAGCAGAGCUACUUUUAGCUUCAUGUGACAUUUGUUAAACUAACACACACAAGCAUGCUGAAGCAAAAAGGAAGUCAUCUUUUCUCUGUUGUGUUUUCUUCUACAGGAAUACCCAACGCUAACCACGUUCUUUGCUGGAGAGAUCAUCAGCAGGAAGCGACCAUUUCUCACCCGUAAGUGGGAUGCAGAUGAAGAUGUUGAUCGUAAACACUGGGUAAGCUGAUAGCUUGUUCAUUUACUUUCCACACAGCUGAAGGCUGCUUUACUCUGACAGACUCCUUUCACUUUUAAUGUCAAGGGCAAGUUCCAGGCCUUCUAUCAGUAUGCCAAGUCAUUCAACUCUGAUGAUUUUGACUACGAGGAUCUGAAGAAUUCUGACUAUAUUUUCAUGCGGUGGAAGGUAAGGUGCUGCGUCAAAUUAAACCCCGUCACUUGUUUUUUUCGCUUUUGCCAUUUCUUACACUGUCUGCCCCCCUCAGGAACAGUUUCUUGUCCCAGACCACACAAUUAAAGACAUCAGUGGGGCUUCCUUUGCUGGAUUCUACUACAUCUGCUUCCAGAAAUCCACAGCAACAAUCGAGGGCUAUUACUACCACAGGAGCUCUGAAUGGUAACGUAUCAGAACAGAAGUUUAAAGAAGUCACUGUUAGUCAGAGUGAAGUAGUGUUGAGAGCUUUCAAACAAAAAGUUGUGAGGAUUGCUCUCUCAGUGUGGAGAAGGUGAAGACUGUUCCCAAAAAUAAAAUCAGACAAAACAAUUAAGAAAAACUAAUAUUACUACACACAGUGUCAACCAAAUCAUGUGCAGACCAUCAUCUGUGCUGCUUUAAUUUUCUGCUCUAUGAGGCGAACACAGUCAUGACAUAAUUUGAUGUAGAUAAAUAAUAUUUUUAAUUUAUACGACCUGAAAAAGUUUUCAUAUCAGCUUAUAAUGGAAAACAAACACUGAUUUUAGAAUAUUUGUCAUAGGCCAUCUCAGCAAUAUAACAUAGGCAGACCAGCACAAUAUAUCUGGAUAAAUGUUUUCAGUUAUGGGCAGAUUAAAGCUCAUGUUUACAGGACCUGUUAGGGAUAAAAAGCAUCCCAUUAUUUUGGAGAAGCAUCACCCAGUUUGUCCAGCAGAGGGCGCUCAGACUUCAUACUUUACACCAGAGGCCACAGGAGUCCUCUCAAAGCACUCCUUCCAUCCUCCCCUUGCACUCUGUCAGUCAGUGUGCAUGCUCAUGUGGAGGGCUUGUUAACAAACCCUUAGCUGUGAGGUGCAACUGUUUCUCCCAUCACAAAGCAUUUUAUUUACAGGGAUUGACUAAAAGUUAGUUUCACAAAUUGUGGAGUAGUUUUAUUGGUCUUUAAAAAUGAGUAAUUAUGAGUUAUUUAUCUGUUUGUAUGAUAUCACUUGUUUCUAGGAGUGGGGUGAAUUUGUUCCAGAGCUUGCUGCUGUAUCUAAUCCUCAAUGAAGUGUGCUUUAUUGUGUGGGUUCACGCCAUGGUGGGACUGGUUUGAGUAAGGUCUCUGGUUUGAAUCCAGUGUGGCCAUGGCUGUCAUAAUAAUAUGGUGUGAAUUUCUGAACUUUAAGCUUUUGUAAGGUGUUUUUGGCUGAAGAUGAUCAGAUGGAAAUGAAUAUUAAUAAUACCCCUUAAUGAAUUGAAAAGGCAAAGUUCAUAUUUCAUUACAUCAUUAAACUGUCUUCAAAUGUAAUAAUCUAGAAUACUCAGAAUAUGUUGCAAAAUCUCUGCUACUUUGCAAAAAAGUUUCAGUUUGAAAGAUAGAUAUUUUUAAAAGGUUGCUCAUGAGUUUUUAUGGCAGUUUUUUAAGAGGCUGCUCUGACUGACCUGUAUGUCGUGCUGCUUGCACAUGGACAUAUUGUAACCAGUGCUGUGUUUUUAAACUGCAGGUACCAGUCACUAAACCUCACCCAUGUUCCCGAGCACAGUGCAGCCAUCUAUGAGUUUCGGUGACAUCGGUCAGCAUCCUGGAUCUUUUUUUUUUUUCCUUUUUUUUUUUUUUUGCGACGGACAGAGACUUUAAGUGAAGCAGAGGUCUGUGGAUGCUACUGAGGAGGAGAACAAUGGACAACUAGGGAUGGUAAUUUCCCCCAUUGGAGAAGUGCAAACUCUUACACACUCAAACAAAUGAAUGGACAGCUGAUUAAAAUGUGGACGGGAUCCAGGACUAAUGAAUGUACGAAAGAGCGAGACGAGGAGAUGGAAGGAAAAGAAGUGUAGCUCCUGCUACGCGGCUGCAGCUUGUAAAGUUAGAACCAGCAUCAGAGACUGGGAGUGGCUCUCAUAGUGAACCCCAUUUCUUCUUUUGUUUUAACAUCUGGUUUUUUAAGCGCAAAGCUUGGCACGGCAUUUUUACACACUUUCCCGCGGUUUUCCAGAUUUCAUUCAGCUGAUGUGGAGUGAGCAACAUAAAACACAAGACUGCUGUGUGUGACAAAGAUUCCUAUGAGGAGUCUGCAAUUAUGAAUACUAAAGGAGUCGUCUGCAUGGAAUGGAACCAGGAGAAAAGUUAGAUUGAAUGGAGCUUUAAUCAGCCCAUAAGCUAGAGUGACAGUAUUUUUAUAAAGCUAAGCUGGGUCUUUGUUUGCCGGCCAUGAGGAUAUUUUAUUUUUAUCUCAAUGAUUGAAGCAAAGUGGCAGUUUUACAAGCUGCAAUGUGAGUAACACACACAAAGAGCUUUCCCUGUGUUCAUUAACCUGCUUGGGAGAUUAUUAUCACAUGUGAUUGCCGUGGAUCUUGUUCUAUUGAGUUACAUUUGCACAAAGAUGGACUAUAUGUUACUAAUGCUGAUACACAAGCAUCAAGGUGGCAGGUCAAGCUAGGUUUUAAAGGUUUAAGUGUACGUGGAGGGGGGGAUGAGAGCCAAAUAAUCACAUAAGAAGAGUAUUUUUACCCUGCACUCUGUGAUAUACAAAAGCUUUUUACUCCCUCGUGUUGUUUUAAUUUAAGUCCCUGCCACCCCUACAUUAAUGUCUUCUCGACUAUGCAACACUCGCAACAUAGCACUCUCCAAAAGUUAAACCUUCAGUUUUCAGAGACAAAAUUUUGUUCUAUCCUUAUAGUAUAUGAUUCAAAGAAGAUUCUAUCUGAAUUAAAGGAAAUAUUUUUGUUAAAUUGCCUAUUGACGUUGCUCCCUGAUCAUGUUCCCUUUCCCAUGUGAUGGUGCCAUCUUUCUAAGACCUGUCAGAGUUGUAUUAUAACAGGACAAGAGGUAUGUUUGUUUGAGAUUAAGCUUGGAUUUGUUUGAUGGUGUGAUUGUAAAGAAUGAAAAAUGGAUUUUAAGAAAUCAUAUCAAAACAUCAA